AUUUUUCUUUAAAUGCUCUUCACACAAAUCCGUGAGAUUAGAUAGAAAAAACCAUAUCGGAUUAUCAAUGACGUCACGCCCCACCCCUCCACAAAAUAUUGAUCACCUACGCUUUUAAUGUCUUUUCCCAAAAGCCAAAAGUAUAUCUCAGUCGUUCGUGGCACACGGCGUACGUAACAUACCUCACGUACAAUAUAACUCAGUGUCAGAUUUUUAUGACUAAGAUAGGCCUAACGUUUGAUAAAUAAAUAUUACGGGAAAACCGACGAUUGGUCAACACAAUUUUUUUCUGCAGAAGAAAUCGCUAUUAUCGCGGAUAAUUGAGAAGGAUGUGGUGUCCGGGAUUUCCCAAAAUUCCGAGAUAAAUCGUAAAGUGACUCAUGUGCAGUUAUCGAUCAGCUGUUUUUCCAACAUGUGUUCUCUUCUCUAACAUUCGAAUUUGAAAAAAAAAACUCGAAUUUAGUUGAAGACCGGGUUAUGAGCUUGGAAUCAAUUAAAUUUUGCCACGGAAAAACUUGACAAUUUUUUGUGUCUCGUGACGAAUCGUAAAAUUCUCACGUUUAGGAGAAUUCCUGAUAAGGAAAAUAACGCGAUUAAUUCGCGAUAAUGUGGAGAUCGAUGACGCGGAAGAGGGGAAAUCUACUCCCACAGUAAAAAUUGAGUUAUCGGAAAGAUGACAGGGUGACAUAUAUUUUUUUUACUGGUGAAUGUUGGAGGAUUGUUAUAAAUAUGGUGAGGUCUAAGGGAUUGACUCCAGUGACCGUUUUCCGAGUGUUGACGCUCGGGAUGCAGAAAUUUUCAUGUCGCCGAGCGAUGGUGAACAACAUCUGGUGUCGCAAACUCUCUCACAUCUGGCACCAGAAGACUCCAGAACCACCGCACGGUCGUUCCUUUUCCGAGCCCCGUUGCCAGUCCCACCUGUCACGAUGGUAUCUCUGCUACAGAUGGCUGAUAACCCUCGUCUGGGUGACGAUAAUCCUGUGCUCGAUUUUCGAGCUAGGGAGCUCCAAACCUCUGGGCAAAUCCCACCUGUGGCCUAUUUACUUGACAAAUUGGGAUCUUGCCCUGGGUUUCACGCAGUCCCUCUUCGCUCUGUACCUGGUGAUCAGGCGAUGGCAACUACAGAAGGGCCUGGACUUCGAUGUAGGCAAUAUAAAGUACGGCAAGACCGAGAAGAUCUACUGGUUCUUCUACACCGUCACCUCGUCAUUAGCUGUUGGGGUAACAUGCACGUAUUGGGCAACAGUCUACGACCCGAAAAUUCACCAGGUCGAUCUUCUCAACAUCAUGCUGCACGUAUGCAACAGCUGUCUCAUGAUCAUCGAUCUUCUUGUCACUAAAAUACCUCUGAGAUUCCGUCACUGCUGGUGGUGCCCCACUGUUGCCAUUUCCUAUCUGAUGUUCACCAUUGUCUACCAUUCAGCUGGGGGCCUUGACAAACAGGGUAACCCGUGCAUUUACAAAGUUCUCAACUGGUCAAAACCCGAGAAGACUAUUCUCGUCUGUCUCGGGGGACUCAGUUUUCUCGUGGUUGUUCACUGCCUUCUGUGUUAUAUCGCCCGAAUCAGAGAUCGACUGUACGACAGCAGUCAGAAGUACGUCAAGGACGGACCUGACGGACCUAGAAAUGAUCUGUCACUCAAGGUCAAGAAUCCGGAGGUUGUUUGAAGGAUUGACCAAAGGACUUGAUGAAGCUAAAAUUAGCGGAAUGAUCGCCCAUGCAAAAUUGUUAUUAAUGAAUGGAUCAAGACGAUUUCGAUUGGUGGAUAGGUUUUGACGAAUAUCUCAAAAUCUGGGAGGGAUAGAAAAUAUUUGGUCAGUAUCUUUUUUCAACAGAACUGAAUAGACGUCAAAAUUGUUUUUAGGGAUUUUUGGAAAUUUAAGAAUUGAACAGUCGUGUGAAUUUUUUUCUCAACUGCAAAUGAGUUGGUCCUUCGAAAAUUUAUCUACACUUUCAGAUUUCCAUACAUCGACUCAUUCGGUGGCGAAUUUUCUGUUAGUUAUAACUUUAUCAGAGUUUUAGAUAUUGGAGGAAUAAUUGGGUAUUUUCCAUUUUUUUGGAACUGUGACAAUGCGAAGGAGAAUAUGAAGUCUGGAUAUUGGAAAGUAGUCCUGAAAUUGUUGUUCCUAACUGGGGAGAAAUUCAGUUCAAUUUUGACACUUUCUGAAAACCAGAAACUAGGGUAAAUAUUUAUUUGUGAAGAAGAGAUAGGUUGAAAUGUGAGAGCGAAUUUUUCGUACAGAGAAAUGCAUACAUGAGGAGGAAACGAUUGCUAUAGUUGUAAUAGGAUUUUUCUUUAGUUCUUGUAAAAUAAUUUGCAAAACAUGUCGUAUGUUAUUGUACGUUUGAAUUCCCUCCAGAUUUAUGAAUCGAUAAUCUCACAACUCGGGACGAAUACUAUUUUUUAUUAGUUUUGAAUAAAUAAUUCAGUAAUCAUUGAAUUGAAAUGAUGAAAAAAUUAUUAGGAUAGGUUGUAUGAUGAAGGUGUGAGUGUCGUAGGUAAAUUUACCGUAGAAGUAUUCCAGAGAUUUUUGUGGUAUUCAGAGGAUGAUGCUAUACACCUCAUUUUAAACUGUUUUUUGUAAUGAAACAAAUAUGCACGAUGUGUAAGUUAGAAUCAUUCAAUUUGAAUAAACUAUAAUUCAUAACAAAAAAAAAUAAAGAAAAAUUUACAUCCGCAAA